AUGUCCAAAGCCAACACUCUGGAUGCCCUUGUAUUUGGAGAGACCAAGACUAUAUGGGAGGAUACCAACGUCACCCGCAGUGCUCACAUGUGGGCACCAGAGAUACAUCAUAUCGACGACACCUGGUACAUGCUGUACUCUUCGUGCCACGCGAAUCAAACGUGCUGUGAUACCUGCAUGACGCGUAUUUUAAGAGGUUGUGAUGGUUCCAACCCAUUUGAUUGUGAUUACGAGUUUUUAGCAGACCUCGUGCCUCCGCCGGGAAGACGCGGUGGACCGGAGAAGAACCUGACCUUUUCCAUCGACGGAACAUAUCUGGAAGUGCCAAAUUACGGACGAUAUCACGUCGUGAGCGCGAUGGAUGAGAAUAACGACCAGUCCAUCCAAAUUACGAAGCUGGACACAGAUUCAUGGACAGUCGAGGGUUGGAAUAUCAUCUCGCAGCCUGACCGACCGUGGGAGCAAAACUUGACGAACUUCCAAGGUAACGUGACUGGCGUUCCAUAUGCACUGAACGAAGGGCCACACCCACUUUACUACCAAGAUAACAUCUGGCUGACAUACUCGGGUUCUUUCUGCGGGACCCCAAACUACGCCCUCGGACUGCUGCAUUACUUGGGCGGUGACCCUCUGGAUAAGUCUUCAUGGCACAAGACUGGCCCCGUUCUUACACAGGCCAACGGGAACUUUGGCACGGGCCAUAACUGCAUCUUUUUGUCUCCGGAUGGCACGGAAAUCUGGAAUGCUUUCCACGCAACGGUCAACCCUGCAGGCUCAUGUGGCGACGACCGGUUCACCAUGGCUCAGAAAAUAGAGUUCCAGGGAAAUGAUACACCGAGCUUUGGCAUCCCUCAGCCACUUGGUCAAAUGCUGACACCACCUAGUGGAGAAUAA